GGGUUUUUCACUCCAAGCUCUUUGCAGCUUCGGAAUUUGGAGGUUAAGAAGCGAAACAGAGUGGUCUCUCUUUCUACGUGUGCUUCUGCAGACAAUGAAGGUCAAAGUUAUAUCACGCUCAGUUGAUGAGUUCACCCGAGAACGAAGCCAAGACCUUCAGAGGGUGUUCCGGAAUUACGAUCCUAGCCUUCGUCCUCAAGAGAAGGCGGUGGAGUAUGUGCGUGCUCUUAAUGCAGUGAAGUUGGACAAGAUUUUUGCAAGACCAUUCAUAGGAGCCAUGGAUGGACAUAUAGAUGCUGUUUCGUGUAUGGCAAAGAAUCCUAGUCAGUUGAAAGGGAUAUUCUCUGGUUCAAUGGAUGGAGAAAUUCGUCUCUGGGAUUUGGCUUCAAGACGAACAGUUUGUCAGUUUCCAGGUCACCAAGGUGCAGUAAAAGGCUUGACAGCAUCUACAGAUGGACGCAUUCUUGUGUCAUGUGGGACUGAUUGCACUAUCAGACUCUGGAAUGUUCCUGUUAAUACUCUUAUGGAGUCAGGUGACUCAGCUAAGAGCACUGUUGAGCCAGCAAGUGUUUAUGUUUGGAGGAAUGCAUUUUGGGCUGUUGAUCACCAGUGGGAUGGUGAGGUUUUUGCCACAGCUGGCGCUCAAGUAGAUAUAUGGAAUCACAACAGGUCUCAGCCAGUAAACACUUUUGAAUGGGGAACAGAUACUGCAAUUUCUGUUCGGUUUAAUCCUGGAGAACCAAAUCUCUUGGCAGCCACAGCUAGUGACCGGAGCAUAAUUCUGUAUGAUUUACGUAUGGCUUCCCCUGUGAGGAAAAUGAUAAUGAUGACCAAAACCAAUUCUAUAUCUUGGAACCCGAUGGAACCCAUAAAUUUUACAGCUGCAAAUGAAGAUGGAAACUGCUAUAGCUAUGAUUCGAGGAAGUUGGAUGAAGCCAAAUGUGUUCACAAAGAUCAUGUUUCUGCAGUGAUGGAUAUUGACUACUCACCAACUGGACGAGAAUUUGUCACUGGAUCUUAUGAUAGAACAGUGAGAAUUUUCCAGUAUAAUGGUGGUCACAGCAAGGAGAUUUAUCAUACUAAGAGAAUGCAAAGGGUAUUCUGUGUCAAGUUCAGCGGUGAUGGAAGUUACGUGAUAUCAGGAAGUGAUGACACUAACCUCAGGCUUUGGAAGGCUAAAGCAUCAGAACAACUUGGAGUGAUUCUCCCAAGGGAACGGAAGAUGCAUGAGUAUCAUGAGGCCAUAAAGAAACGCUACAAGCAUCUCCCUGAAGUUAACCGUAUAGCAAGGCAUAGGCACUUGCCAAAACCGAUAUUUAAAGCUGCUGCUUUGAUGCGUGUUAUAGCGGAUGCUAGGAAAAGAAAGGAAGAGAAGAGGAAAGCUCACAGUGCCCCCGGGAGUGUUACAACACAGCCAUUACGGAAACGAAGAAUUAUCAAGGAAGUUGAGUAGAGUUUUUCUGAGCCGAUACUGGAAAAGGAUCCAGCAAAUAUUUAUGAGCUGGAAAGUGUUGUUACAUUAAUGUCAGCAUACAGUUUGUGCAACGUUCUACUUCCGAGUGUGCCUUCGUCCUCAGCUGAUUUCUUAGGCAAAUGGAUGUACCUUGGCUGGGGUAACCGAAUUGCACGUGGAAGUAUGACAUCCUGUCAUGUACGUAACUGAUUUAUUAAAUGAAUAGGUUGUGAUUUUCCUUGGUAGGAUCGGUUCAGUCCCAAUGCAACAAAUUCAUAUAUAAAUUUUCAAUUCAAUUUUUUAUUUAACAUGGUAGUUUUUCUUGUUUAUGAUACAUAUCAAUUUUUAUAUUGUUUCUUCAGG